AUGGAUUAUCUCAAUCGCCCAGUUUCGAACGAGGAACUUUUCAUGCAAACACUGUCUGGAUUACUUUGUGUCGGCCCUAUGGGUCCAUGCGUAGAACAUGAAGACGUAUUGGAUGUCAUUGAGCGCUGCCAGCAUCAUAUCACCCCGAUAUGGGCCCCACAACUCCCUUCAAAGAAAUACAACAAUGAAAGCGAGGUCAUUCGCUACAUCGAAAAACACCUGAAGGAUUUUCACAAAUUUGUUGGAAAAUACCAUACACCGCCGAUGAAACUGGCAUGGCUUUUAAUGCCCUCCUGUGAGAUUUACAAGUUAGGUUCUGUGUUAGAGGCUUCUACCGGUGACCAAGUUGCGCUCUUGGAAUUAUCUCCAAAUUGGAUACACAAUGAUUAUCUUUGGGAUGCAUUCAUAAAUAUAGGCCGGGGUAACAGAUGCAGUCGUUCCGUGUCCAAAGAUGGCUGGAUGCGGUAUCGAUUUUCAUCCGACAUUCCGUCGAUUUCUUUCCAAAUUGCAUGCUCUGUUAAAUUAGUUGAACCGUGGUCAGAAAUCCUCCGAGCGGCCUGGCUAGCUCAAGCUCGUUACAUUUCAGAGUUAGUCAAACGCCAGAUCAAGCUACCUGACUGCAUCCUUCUAGACCAUAUUUCCUUCUCACUUACCUUUUCCUUCGAACAAGAUGUGUUCAUCGAACGCCCCCUAUAUCUCUUUGUUGCUCCUCUUGUUAUCAAGAGCAAUAAAGAAUCGUCCUCGUGCUAUAUAUCCCUAAUGCCUUUAUUGUCGUACUGGUCUUUUGAUCCCAAAGGCAACAUGUCUGAUCUCGAGGAUGCACCCAUACUCGCUCAACUUCCCAGUCCCGUACUCGCUACAUCGGGUGGCUCUCAAUGGAAACAUUAUCAAUACAAGGCGAUAGAACAGUAUCAACGUUUUAUAGGCCAUGAUCAUAAGUCUCGCUCGUAUGCUGAAAUUCAUGGUCUCCCAAGAGCCCAUGCUCUGUGGUCUCGGGAGCGCAGUGAAGAAUUGGCGGAAAGUUCUCCUCAGACACUUUACGAUCACGGACUUGAUAAUCUUAUCUCGCUCAAGGAAGAGAUCGACAACAUACAAGGCAUGUACAAUUUCCUUCGACUCAAAGACAUGGCAGAAUUGACUGUAAUUCCAAAGAGUUCUUACUACUCUUCUCCAUCACCUGCCAGGGAGAAACUGACCAUCCAGGUCACUGGCCAUGAUUCGUCAUUGCAAGAGGUAGAAUCGGACUUUCUGUCGAGCUUUGAAGGGCUGUUGGAGGAGCCAUCUAGGGAGAUACAAGAUACUGACUAUGAUUCGUCAUUUCCAGAGGUAGAAUUCUUGUCGAGCUUUAAGGGGUUGGGGCCAUCCAGGGAGAUACCAAUCAUCCAAAUUACUGACUAUGGUUUGUUGUUGCUAGAGAAGGAUUUCGUGCCGAGCAUUGAGGGGAUGUUUGACUCGGAGGGGCUGUCAAAGGAGAUAUCAAUCAACCAAGUUACUGAAGGUUACUGA